AUGUUCUUCCUAUACAAUCUUGAGCGUCAGGUCACCCUGCAUCCAUCAUACUUUGGUCGGAAUAUGCAUGAACUUGUGACAGGCAAGCUUUUGAAGGAUGUAGAAGGAACUUGCACGGGCCGAUACUUUAUUAUCACAAUCAUGGAUGCCUUUAAUAUCUCUGAAGGACGUAUCCUUCCAGGUAGCGGAUUGGCGGAGUUCACGGUUGGAUAUCGCGCUGUUGUCUGGAGACCAUUCAAGGGAGAGACUGUCGAUGCGAUUGUCACUUCAGUCAACCAGGUUGGCUUCUUUGCUGAUGCUGGUCCCCUUCCACUCUUUGUCUCUGCGCAUCUCAUUCCCCCUGAUAUCAAGUUUGAUCCCAAUGCUACUCCACCUCAAUUCACAAACAAUGAGGACUCGGUCAUCGAAGUCGGCACUCAUGUUCGUGUUAAAUUGAUUGGUACGAGAGCAGAGGUUGGCGGCAUGUAUGCCAUUGCUAGCAUCAAAGAAGACUAUCUUGGGUAUUGA